UGGAACUGGUCCUGCCCCCUCUUCUGAAAACACUGGAUAAAUACUGCUGUCAUAGAGAUCACAUCGCACAAACUCAUUCAUCAUGGAUCUGGCAGAUGCUAUUGAAGGAGAAGAGGAGGUGAAGAAGGCAGAGGGAAACGAGGUGGAGGGACUCUUCUCAAAGAAGAAUAAAUAUAAUGCGUUUGACAUGACAGCGGGUCAAGGACCUGCAUAUGGACCCGGAUCCGGAGUGCCUCAAGGACCUGGAUCUGGAGUGCCUCAAGGACCCGGAUAUGGACCCGGAGUGCCUCAAGGACCUGGAUAUGGACCAGGACCCGGAGUGCCUCAAGGACCCGCAUAUGGGCCUGGACCCGGAGUGCCUCAAGGAUAUGGACCUGGAUCUGGAGUACCUCAAGGACCUGGAUGUGGACCUGCAGUGCCUCAAGGACCUGGAUAUGGACCUGGACCCGGAGUGCCUCAAGGACCGGGAUAUGGACCACCUCAAGGACCAGGAUAUGGGCUACCUCAAGUACCCGGAUAUGGACCACCUCAAGGACCUGGAUAUGGACUGCCUCAAGGACCCGGAUAUGGACAACCUCAAGGACCCGGAUAUGGACCACCUCAAGGACCUGGAUAUGGACUGCCUCAAGGACCCGGAUAUGGACUGCCUCAAGGACCCGGAUAUGGACAACCUCAAGGACCUGGCUAUGGACAGCCUCAAGGACCCGGAUAUGGACAGCCUCAAGGACCCGGAUAUGGAUAUGAACACGGACACCAACGCGGAUUUGGACAUCAUCACGGACAGGAGCGCCAUCGUGGACAUGGCCAUGGACAUGGACGCGGACAUCAUCGUGGGCACAAGUCAUCGAGCAGUGAUGAGGAUUGAAGCUGAAGACAGGAGUUUGGAUCAGGGCUUGUUGAGACACUGUAAGGUUUUGAGUCCAAAAA